AUGGGAUACUAUGGAAAGUGCAUCAAGGUUGUGAUCGAGCAACUGGACAAGUUCAAGCCGGAGAAGGACAGGCCUGAGCAGUUCCUGGAGAUGGCAUCCAGCGCCCUGCAGGAUCUGAGUGCCCAGAAGCGGUCCUUCAUCUUAGAAGUUCUUUCUGGCUGCCUUGAGUAUCGGAAGUUGCUGACUAUUGUGGUAGAUGCCUUCUAUGUGCGAGAUGGCCGGUUCUCCCUGUGGGCUGACUACAACCUGUUCCUAGUGAUCUGCUACCUGGCCACCUUCCAGAUGGAGGAGCUGGGCUUUCAGCUCUUCUGCAGCAUCAUCAAGUCCCAGUCUGCAAGCAAGACAUCCAAGUUCCUCAGAUUUUUCUUCAGCCCGCUAAACCUGUGCUUGUGGAUCAAGGACGAAUGGAGCCUCGUGUAUGAGGCGACCCACGUGACCAAGAACUGGAUUGAUCCCCUGUUGAGAUGGCAGCCAGAGGUACAGGAGCUGGUCAGCCAGCUGGAGGGAGAGUCAGCCACUACCUCAUUUCCCUCAAAGACCAAGAUCAAGGCCACAACCCCCAAGGAGUUCAACCUGACCAUUCCCAAGCCCCGUGCCAUUCCAGCACCUGAGCCCAUCCCUGAUGUGGCCCAUCCCCACCAGAUUCCACAGAGCACCUACCAGGAGCCUAAGAAGCAGCAGCUGUUGCAGAUGGUCAAGACAUACAACCGCAGGAAGGCUGAGGAGCUGCUGCUGAGGGCAAACAUGGAGGAGCUGCAGUGCGCCAUGCCCAGGGCCCAUAAGGAGCGGCCAGCACAGGGCUCCAGGAAGCAGCUGAAGUUUCGACCUGCACCCCGCAUCCAAAGGACUCCAAAGCUGACCUUCUACAGGCCUGACAACAUCCCGGUGAAGCUGAACACAGCCACCAUCCUGCGGGAAGGCGCUUUAUACCAGCGGCAAGUAGAGAAAGAGCUGCAGCGGGUUGACAAGCUGAUGGAUGGGUGCGGGGACUUCUCCGAGUUUCUCAAGUGGCAGGAGAAGAUGCAGGCAAAGGACCGGGAGGAGCAGCUGGCUGCAGGCGAGUGCCGACGGCUGCAGGGCAAGCUGAGCCAUCUGGAGGCCGUUCUGGCCCGACAGAACCUCAUCCAGCAGAAAAAGCAGAAGGCCGACCAGAAGAAGGAAGAGACGGCAGCGUUGAUGCUACAGUGCACCCAGAGGCGCCAGCAGGAAGACAGGUGCAUGAAGGAGCUGGUGGAGCAGGUGAUAGAGUCACAGAAGAAUGUCAAGGUGGCCCAGAUGAAGCUUGUAAAAGGCCGGCGGGAGAUAGUUCAGGAGGUGAUGGAGGAGAGCCGGGAGCUGCUGCAGCGCAUGGCUGAGGAGGCCAGGGAGGAGCAGAGGCAGCGCUGCAGGCUCAUCUCCCAGCUGCGUGCUCUGGAGACACAGCCCACGCGCAAGGGCAAGCUGGUGGACCUCACCCAGAUCCCCGGCUAUGGCCUGGAGGGAGAGAUGUCUGUUGUGGAGCUUCAAGAGCGACUUGUUCUGCUCAGAGAGGCCCAGAGGCGCCAGGAGGAGGAGAAGCGGGAUCAAAUCAUAGAGAGCAAGCGUGCUAAGAGCCUGGAGCUGCAGAACACCGUCGAGCAGAUCUCCCUGUGCCGCGCAGCCAUGGGGAGGACGGCAGCCUUGCGGUGGGAGGAGAAGAAGGCGCGGGCCCCGGGGCCGCCCAGCACGGACGAGCGCGUGCUGGAGCUGCGGCGCAAGAUCGAGCAGCGGACGGCCGAGCGCCGGGGGCGGGCCGCGCAGCCGCCCGGGGCCGCGCCGAGGGCCGGCCGGCCCCAUCCCCGGGCGCAGGAGGAGGCGCAGCGCUGGGAGGAGCUGGAGCGGAGCCGAGAGCGCCAGCUGCGGGCCCGGCAGCAGAGCUGCGGCCCCCCGGCGGCGCGGGGCCUGGGGGCCGCCUGA